AUGUCAUCGCCGCGGAACCACCGAAAGAGCACGCGUCUAGCCCUAUCCGCUCUGCUUUUAACAUCGGCAACGGCAUCGCUCAAUGUACAUGAAGGUCAAGAUGGCCAGGAAGAAAUAUACUACCUACCGCGAAGCGCUCCAAUCCACGAUGGUUUUGUCAACAAACCGCUUUCUACAUGUCCCGUCAAGCCUGGCGGCGUGCAAAUGUCGUACACUUUUCCCUGGACUCACACUCCCUCCUGCGUGGAUAUCUCACAACCAGAAGGAGUCUCAAGAAAGUUUUGUGCAUACACGAACAUCAACUACAACAAUGGCCGCGGUAUCAGUUUCGUCACCAGCCCUGAAGUCGCAGCUAGCGUGACCAUGGAGACAUUUGGCAUGGCGAUUGGCGGCAUGGAGGGGCAAAUUGGAGAAGAGAUGGGCAUGUGGGAGGUAAAGGAUGCGGGAAGCAAAGGAAAAGGAUUGUUCGCGAAAAAAGACAUAGGCGCCAUUUUCCCAGGCGAGAGCCUCAUUGUGCAGACGCCGGUUUUGAUUGUUGACAAGAGCGCGUUGGAGCCCGAGAGUAAGGAGGAGGUGGAGCGUGUGCUGCUGACGGCGGUGGGGCAGUUGCCUUGGAAAUCAAGACAGAUGGUUGUAGAGCUGAAUGGGAAUGAAGAUGGGUCUUUUGAGGAUAUUGUCAAGACAAAUGGGAUUGGAUUCACGUGGCCUUGGGUCGACGAGAUGCCCAAACUGCUGAGCGUGACUCCAGAGAUUGCUCGCAUCAAUCAUGCGUGCCGUCCCAACACGCUUUGGCGCUUCAACGACUUUACACUCACAUUCGAGGUGUUUGCGCUUAAAGAAAUCAAGCCAGGCGAGGAAAUCACACGAAGCUAUGGGUUUGAAAAGCGAUCCCAUGGACGUCGUGUCCGCUCUCUUGAGGCCAACUUCGGGUUCAGCUGCGCCUGCCCUCUCUGUACCGCCUCGGACGAGAAAAUCAUGGCUUCAAACGAUCGUCUCAGCGAAAUCAAAGCGCUCAAAUCAGUGUUACCCUCAGAUCCAGAAGAAGCAGACAGGACCCUCGAAAUAUUACCUAGCCUAGUUGAGCAGUUGGAGAAAGAAGACCUCAUAGCAGAGCUGCCCGCGUACGAAGAAACCCUAGCGUACACGUGGAGUAUGUUCGGGGAAGAAGAAAAAGCAAAGCAUUGGGCGGGAAGGGCGCAGAAGCACUGGGCUAUUGUGGCAGGUAAAGAGAGUUGGGAGCAGAGGCGGUGUGGGGAUAUGGAGCAAGAUGUCAAGGGUCAUAAGACGUGGAGGACUUGGAAGGGUCUGCAGGAGGAGGAGGAGAGUGAUGAUGAGGAAUGA